AUGCGACGUUCUAAUGUAUCUGAUGUUAAAUCGUCAGGAGUUUCGAAUUGUAAAAGUUUCAAUUCGAAAAAUUCCUUAAGUGCAUUCCAUUCCAAAAAAAUUAUAUUAAUUUUUGGAAUAAUAUAUGUAGCCUUAUUGAAUGCUUAUAUAUGUGGAGACAAAUACAAAAAGGCUGUAGAUUACAGUUAUAGAGAAAGCAGAAUUUUAGCUGAAGGCGAAGAGACCAAUACAAAAAAAGAAAAAACUACCUUAAGAAAAAGUAAGCAAAAAACAUCUUCAAGCACUGUUUCUAGUCAAGCAAAGGAAGAUGAAGAAAAAAAAUCAGAUCUAACUAAUGAACAAAAUGAAGAAAGUGAUUCCGGAAAACAAAAAAAAACCAGAAAAGUAGUAAAAAAGCACGUUAAAAAACAAGUUAAAAAAGGAGAUACAGAAAGUCAAAAAGUAGAUACAGAAAAUAAAAAUGUAGAUACUGAAAAUGAAAAAGAAGUUAAAGAAGUAACAGAAAUUAUAGAAGUUAUAGAAGUAAAAGACGGAAAAAAAGUAAAAAAAAUUAAAAAGAUUAUAAAAAAACAAAAGAAAAAAAAACAUGUAAAUGAUAUAACAAAUAAUAUAUUCUUAUGUAUAUAU